GGCUUUGUAGCGAGCAUGGGAAGCGCUCCUUCCUCUCCAGCUCCGAUGAUACACUAGCCAAUUUGGUCGACUGCAAAUCGCCCCACCUUCGAAUCUGCUUCUGUCAGAAUCCAUCCACUUACAUCAAGAAAACAACAGCACCUAACAGCUGAAAACCACCCACCAUGAGCGGCCACAAUCCGAGAACCUAUGCUCGGGGGCCCCUUACGGGACUUACCCUGGGUAAAAAGAAUAUGAAGGAGAUGAAGAGGGAUCUCCAGAAACUCAUGGCGCUUAUCCCUAACAUAAAGACAGGCGCGGCCGACCGCGCGGCCGAUCGGGGAUUCAACAGGGACGACGCAUCCGACGUCACCGGCAACGACACACUCGCGGGAUACAUGGAGGUCCUCCUCGCGCUGGAUCAGUGCUCCGCUAAGAGCAGACGCCUGAGCGAAGCCGUCGCGGAGAAGAACGAGGCUAUGAAGAGGGCCAUGGAGAGUGGCGAUGCCAUUUUCGAGAACUGUGCCGCGACGCUCCGGGACGAAACCUUUGAGAGAGCGCUACGGUUGGCGAUUGAAGCGUGGGCCGACAACCCGACAGGAGAAGAAUAUUCCAAGGGUGAUGUGAAGCUGGACCCCAUCGUCCGGCUGGCCUCUAAACUGCAGCUGAGGCUAGGAGGCCUGCCGCCGGACGUCGACAUCCCGUCCGCCCCGACGCUUGUAUCGGCCGACAGAGACCGUAAGUCGGAUGCGGCAGAGAACUCGCGCCUCCGCAAGGCUAUCGAGGGCGGUGAGGUCGUCCUCGCCCGCGCCCGAGGCGCGUUGGCCGAAAAGGAGCGCCAGAUGGCCGAGCUGGAGAAGUCCUCUGGCGAAGAAAAGUCGCAACUGAACCGCCAGUUGCGCGAAGAGCGAGCCAACUCUGUCGAAAAGGACAGGGAGAUUGACGCGCUCCGUCAGGAGCUGAAAACGCUACAGGAUGUCCAGGCCGCCCUCGAUGAGGAAGCAGACAAUGCGGAGAUGAUUCCCGAUUCGCAAGGCCAAAGCCCUCUAUCCAGUCAGACCAAAGACCGUGGUGACGAUGACCGCCGCGAUCCCGUCAUGGUAAAGAAGUACGAUGACGUCUGUGAGCAGCUCCUUCAUUCUCGGGCUGCAGAGGCACAGUCCUCGACGAUCAACGUUAGGCUGGAAAGGGAAGGGCAAGAGCUCAGGAACGCCCUGGAGACGGCCGUCGCGCAGCUCAAGAACGAGCAGGCGGACCAUGAAGCUACCAAAGACAAUCUGCAGACGACAACCAACAACAGGUCGGAGAUCCUGGAGAGGACACAUAAAGAGAGGGUCAGCAUGGGACAAGAACUGGCCGACGCCCGGGCCAUGUUGAACAGGUUAUCCGAGCUGGCACAGUCGCGCAGGUUCCGAGUAUUGAAGCUCGAAACGGAGAUGGCCUACCGCGCCAACGAGGCCAGACGCUUCGAAAAGCAGUCGUCCGAGUCGGCCGACAAGCUCGCUUCGGUGCAGCGGGAGCUGCAGGCCGAGCAGUCGGCACGGAGUGACUUUGAAGAACGUUGCCAGAGACGAUCUCUCGAAAACGCGGCCCUGGCCGACGAUGUCGCCAGGGCCAAUGCCAUCGCACAGGAGCAGCAGGCGCUGCUCGACGAGGCCAGCGCCAAGGCCCAGCGGCUGGAGGAAGAGCUUACCGAAGCCCAGUGGGACCUCAAACGCGCGCGCGCCGCGUGCAAGGAAACCGGGGCCGACCUCGCGAGGGAGAGGCAGGGGCACAUCGACGCCAGGCAGGCCCGGGACGCCGCCGAGGGAGAGUGCAAGGUGGUCUCGGGCAAGCUCGACGCCACAAAGAAGGAGCUGGCGACGGCGCAGGACAAGCUCGCGGCGGUCUGGGGCGAUCUCAACGCCGCCCAGGGCAAGAUCCGGUCGGCCCAGAAGGAAGCCGACUCUCUCAAGAGGCAGGUGGCCGACCACGAGAGUGCCGCCCGCAGGACCGACGACCAGCUCACCCAGCUCAGGAGCGAGGCCGUUGCCGCCGCACAGGUCUACGACAGGUGGGACGAGUUCUGGAGCCAGAACGGCGACCGCGGGCACUGGUCCCCCCUCUUCGAGGCCAUCCGCGCCCGCGAGCCCGAGGCCACCCAGCGGUCAUACGAGCCGUGGCAGGUGUGCGCGUCAUGGGGAGAUGACGACGACGACGCCGCCGCCGCCCCCGAGCAGGAGCUGCCCGACCUCAGCCUCGCCGGCGUCACCGUGUCGCUCAUGCACCUCCUCGAGCAGCGUGACUUCAGGGCCGACCACUUUGGCGUGCUGAUGCGGCGGCUCGCCCGAUGCCUCUCCGAGUGCGUCAACAUGAGCCCCGACGCGAUGCGUCUCCUCGUCAAGCGAUGCAUCGCCCGCAUCCCGACCGAGCCCAUGGAGACGCGCCGUGUCCUCGACACCCAGGUCGCCGCCGUAGCCGACGUGCUCGCCGAGAGGUGGAUCGCCCUCGAGGACCUGGCGAAGCCGCCCGACUGCGUGCUGCACAACAUGGCCGCCCUCGCCGCCAUCGGCCAACCCGGCGCAAGCUGGGCCGGUGAGGUCAAGACCCUGCGGGUCGAGCGCGGCAGCGAGGCGCUCCUCCUGAUCAAGCACCCCGACUGGGAGUCGGUUAUUGUCUGGCGCACCGGCACCAAGACGUUCUGGUUCGCCCACCGCAGCUGCGUCAAGCGCCUCUCAGGUGUCAGGAUUGAGCUGCGCGCCCCGAUGGGGCAGGAGUCUAUCUUCCUUAGGCUCGCCGACCGUAACACGCUCCGGUUUUGGCACUUUUGUUGCUGGUUGCUGUAAAUAGAA